AUGGCUUCCAUGUCGCCCAUCAAUACCUCUGUGCCUGUGUCGGGAGACUCGUCCAAUGGGGGCAGUGUCUCGCCAAGGCAGAGUGCAACUCCCAAGAAUGUCGCAUUUGAGCUUCUCUUCUUGGAAUCGCCUCAGUACCGGGCGCGCUUGCCCAUGCGAGUGCAGAUCUACCCACAUGACACUACAGACUCAAUAGUCACAACCGUCAAGAACUUUUACGGCUUGUACUCUGGUCCCACAGGCUCCAAAGGCGUCAGUUUCGAGGACGAGCACGGAAACACGCUCAUUGCUCGAUAUGAGAACUUCCGAAACAACAUGGUUGUCUACGUUCGAGUAAUUGAGGAGUCUCCUGCUGCCUCGACUGGCUAUAGCCAACAUGCAUUCCACCAACAGUCCAUUGGUGCUGCAGAGUCCUAUUAUGAGCAGGACAACUACCAGCCUCAACAGAUGCAUGCUCCGUGCUAUGCUCAGGAUGUCGCCCGGCCCGGGUCUACAGCCUCACGGAGGCGCAGCCCGUCUCCGAGUGGUAGUCGUGGCCGGAGGAGCGAUUCUACAGGCACAAAUGAAAAGCAAGGGCGGUCUAGAUCUGCCAAGGAUCGUAGAGCCUUCAACCACGCACACUCCGAUGCUUAUAGUGACAGCAUGAACGGGUACAGCAGUGGAGAUGGCGCCCCCAGCAGCACUUCUGGCAAGAGCAAGGAGCAGCUUGGGACUACGGAUAUUAGUGUCGAGAAUAUUGUCGAAGGUGGCCGUCGCAAACGAGCCAAGUUUGAGAGUUCGGAAUUGCCCUUGUUUGCACCACCCCAGAUGCCAGCGGCAACCUCCAAUCCUUCGGUUUCGCCCGCUCGCCGUGCGGAGCACCAGCGCCCGUCGCUUCCCUUUGUGCAUCCUGGGCAACAUCCAUUUGCAAACCCCCGGCCGAUGCAAUCUCCUCAAAGCUAUAACAAUGUUCAGCCUAGCAUGUAUGCUACGCCUGCGCAUGGCCAUCGUUCCCGCGACAGCAUCGGAUACGCCAGCAACGGCAGUGGUGUAGGCUCUGGAAUGGGAAUCCUGCCCACACCCGACCCCACAGUUGGGAGUUGCAUGUCUGAGGAAGACAAGGAUGUCGCCAUUCAACUCAUGCGACUAGGCGACAUGUCCAAUAUUUCUCACGGUCGCACGUCGGCAUCAACGCUGGAUGAUACCUUUAGCGGCCGGGCUGACGCCGCGUCGUCCACUGGAGCCACUAGUGAUGGCGAGAGUGAUAGCGAGGACGAGUUGCCGGUGUCGCGCCGGCAAAGACUGGAUGCCUCUGGAACUGCCAGGCUAAUCUAUCCGUCUACUGAAACAGGUUUCAACCCUGCUGCUACUGAGGCUCCUGAUGCCAGCGGCGAUGACGCUGUAUAUGAAGACGGCACUUCUGGAGCGCAUGCAGGCAGCCGCAAGCCCAUCCAGGCAAAGAGCAAGCCGGCAGUUACCAAGCAACGUCCCACCCCUUCUGUAUCAAAGGCAUCAUCGGUCCAAAAGGCUCCCAAAGCUCCCCGCCCCGUCAACAGCAUCAAGACGAAGAAACUGCCUGCUACUGCUACAGUCCCCGGCCCAAUGUCUCCUGCCUCAACCACUCACUCAAGGAAACCAUCGGUUGCAUCGGUUGGACAGAUUCCCCAGCCUGGCGAGGACGAACAGCCUGAUCUCUCCACCAAGCCUCGCUGCCAACGUUGCCGCAAGAGCAAGAAGGGAUGCGAUCGUCAGCGUCCGUGCGGACGAUGCCGAGAUGCGGGACUUUCUGCUGAUCAGUGCAUCAGCGAGGACGAAGGCAACGGCCGCAAAGGGCGAUAUGGUCGCCAUAUGGGCGUGCCGAUCAAGAAGGAUGAAGUCACGACUCCGCUGCAGCCUGCUCUGUUGCCGGCGGCUCCCAUCACGACAGCUGCAAUGACGGCUGACAAGGUCAAGAAGCGCAAGAGGUAG